AUGUUGGUUCCGCCUCAGCCCGCCUUCCUAGGCCGUAACAGCUCCGGCAGCAAGUUCACGCUCAAGAACGCCUCGAUGACUUCGCUCUCGUCGAGCAGCAACGGUCACGACGCCUACGGAUCUUGGUCUCAGGACAAGCGCAACAGCUAUAGCGGGAGCAGCCAGAGCCACCGCGGCUCCGUCGACGCCGAUGCGCGUGGCCGAGAGGCCUUCUUCAGCAACGAGCGGCGCGGCUCCUGGAAGGGCUCGGCCGACGGUUCCAGCGAUGCUGACUCUCGCUUCGAUGGCGCCCUCGACAGCAAAGGCGCUGCCAACUCGAGACGCUCAAAGUCCAAGGGCACAGGCAGCAGCGGCGGAGGCAACCCAGGGCUCACGGUGGGCACCGGCGGCAGCAUCAAGGGCCUCGGCAGGCGCCUCUUUAAGCGCAGCUCGUCGACCAACCUGAACCCGGCCUCACGGUCCCACUCGGCCUCGUCGGCCAGCACCGCGCCGAGCUCGCCCCCCUUGACGCCCACGACGCCUCCUGUGCUCCCUGUCUGUCUGCCCAACGGCAAGAAGGACUUUUUCGGAGACUCGCCCAACCUUCCACCAGUCUCUUUGACUUCGUCCGGGAAACCGCUCCAGUCCCUCAACGAGACGCUGGGCCAGAUGGAACCCCAUCCGGCGUCCUCGGAGGCCAGCUUCCGCUCACCGUCUUCGUCUCUGAGCAGAUCGCUCGCCUCGAGCCCGAUCGGCCGCAACGCCGGCCUCUAUCCCGACUCUCUCGGCGCUUCCAGUUUCAGUCUGACCUCGACCACGGCGGAAUCUUCGCCCGCCUCGAAGCCGGUCACGCUGCCCACACUACCCGAGGCCACCGCUUCCAGGUCCGACGCGCGCAGCAGCAGCAGCGGCGGCGGCGGCCAGAGCAGUAUGCCCGCACUGUUCGAGGAGGGCGGGGACGGCGACUCGGACUUUCUCCGCGCUGUUCUCAACUUUGGCGAAUCCGAAGGCGACGAUCUCGGCGCGUACUCGGGUAGAGGAGGACGGGCGGCGCCCCUGCCGCGUCGAUCGAGCUCGUUGUUCACCUCGACGGACUUUGGCGGGGCGGGGGCCUCGUCGUCGUCGCUAGCGUCGUUCAGGUACAACGGAGGCUACUCGACGUCGGCUUCGUCAUCGAUCCAGCGACGAAACGGCAAGCUGGUCAUGACGGAGGCGGCGGCAAAGGAGCUGAGCGCGGGACCCGCAUACCGUUCAAAGACGCUGCGCCCGCUCCACGUGCGUCCCGGCCUCUUUCGACGGGACUCUGACGACUCCGAGGACAGCUAUGGAGAGGAUGACAAAGAGUCCAAGGCUACCUCGCCAAUCUCGCCGACGACGCCAAUCUCGCCGACCUCGACGGCGCCACCCUCGUCUUUCAAGCAGACCCUGUCGUACUUUUCCUCCCUCGCAAAGAACAAGACCAAGCCGCCAUCGCCCCCCGAGCCUCGAGGCAGGGACGCGUCCGCGCAGGAGGAUGCCGGGCAGCAGCAGGAUGACGAGGAGGACUACGUCGUCCUGCGUCCCGGGCCACCUGGCCUCGACACGCCCUCGAAGCGGUCGCUCUACACUUGCACCCUGCUCAAAGUGCAUCCCUACCUGGCGCCCACGCUGGUCCCUUCGCUGGCCGAGACGGCAGGAGGGCUCACCAAGGCCACGGCCGAGUUGCGCUUCCCGCGUUCCAUCAACCGCGAGGACGCGCUCCGCAACCACACCAGCACUCUCGGCGUCUCGCGCAGCCUACACGCCGCAGUCGGCAGGACGAUCGUCAUGCGGAAGCUGAAGAAGCUCUCGCUGCCGAUCGAGCAGGAGGUCGAGAUCUCGUGGUUCCAGCGCAAGUACAGCACCGAGAGCGUUUCACCCGAGACGAUCCGGACCGCGCUCGCCAAGCGCCAGAUGGUGAACCCCGAAGCCCUGGCGCGACCGCCGAUCAUGACGCCGAACCUCUCCGCCGACCAGCAGGGUGCAGGAGGAGUCGGCGACGGCGACUUGGCUUCUUCGCGCCGGCUGAGCGGUAUCGUCAACCUGACACCGGGCCAGAAGCUCGCCGCUGCACCCUCUGAUCCCGAUCACAACGGCAUGAUCGUGUGGGCGCGUCGGCCGGGCUUCCUGCAGCGAUGCAGCGUGACCUUCGCCGAGGAUGCUUGCCAUCCGGGAGAUGUCGUGCUUCCAGCGGCCAUGAACUUCGCCAUCGGCGUCGGCACCGUGUUACCCGUCGUCAAGGGCUCGAAAGCCAAGCCACAGCCAAUCUCGUUCUCUCCACGAGUGCGGCUGCUCGCCGGACUGCCCUCGGUUGAGGAGGAGCGUCGCCUGCGCGCCCCGGUGCCUUCCAAGUUCCGUAGACGCGAGGCCUCGCAAAGGAUCUCCCGCGCAUUCGCUGGCGAGCCCGCGUACAGGGGCCGGAGCCGGCAGGCUUCAGCCGGUGGCACUGACGAUGGACGCCCUUCUCGGGAGCAGAGGCCGAAAGAAGCCCACAAGAAGGCUCCAGCGCCGUGGCUCGCGCCGCGCAAUCCGCAGCUGCUGGCCCCGGGCGCUUCUGUACCCCGGUCGCCAUCAAGCAGUGCCCGGUCGCCUAGUCUCUCGCCGAACCUCGACCGCGAUCCUUCUUCACGCGCAGCGCAAACCAGGACGAGCACCGGUUCGGCCGAUAGCGCCUCGGCCGCGCUCGCAGAAGGCAAAGAGGCUCAGGAUGGCCAAGAAGGUGACAGCGAUGCUGAGAGCGAGGAAGACGUGCCGCUCGGCCAGCUGCGAGACUUCCGCGCUCAUCGAGCCGCCGAGACCGAGCGCAUCCAAAAGCUGGAAGAGGAGAUCGCGCAACUCAGGCUCAAGGAGCAGAUCCGUGAACGCGAGGAGCUGGAGCGCCGCGAGCUCGAAGAGCGGACUCGGAGACUCGAGGAGGAGCGGGUACUCGAGGUCCGAAGGGCGCGCGAACAGGCUGCGAUGCAGGAAAAGGCAAAGAAGAUGCUGAUCGAGGCCAGGGAGCGGCGAGGCAACACGCGACAGUCGGUGCUGCUGUCGGCCGCCAACUACGGCGCCGGCAGCCCGCUGGUGGGCCCUCAGCCUCGUCUGGCCAAACAGGCCAGCAACUCGAACUUGACCGCCGAGACCGGUCCGGGCGCCACCUCAGACAGCCGCACCCGCAAGCUGCGCCACAGCUCCAGCCUGGCUCAGCUGUCUCCGCAAGGGGUCGAGGCGGCCUUGCGACCCGACAACGGCCUCUACGCCGUUCCGGAGCACGCCGGUUCCCGCGCAUCGUUGAUGCCGCCUGCGAUGCCGGCGCAGAGGGGCAGCAUGAUGUCGCUGGCGCCCCAUGCAGCACAGGCAUCGACGUACGCGCAGCAACAGGCCGAGGCGAAGCGCGCAUCCCUCGCACCACCGUCGCCAGUCCAGCCGCAGCAGCGCCAGUCGAUGCGGGCGUCCGAGACAACGGCCACGCUCUCGCCUCCUCGAAGCCCCAACGCGGCGGCCUUCAACGCGACGCCCGCUACCGUGAUCCCGCCGGCGAGGAGGACAUCGAUGAUGCCCAUGGCGCCCUCGUCGCCCAACCUUCACGUCUACGGCGGCGGGCAUGCGACUCCGAUGCACUCGAUGAGCAUGACCAACCUUCAGGCGCAGGCCUACCUCCAGCAGCAGCAGCAGCUCGUCCAGCAGCAGCAGCAGCAACAGCAGCACAUGCAUCUACAACAACAUCAACUGCAGCAGCAGCAGCAGCUGUACGCAGGCCAUCCCGGCGUCUCGCAGACGAUGAGGGUCAGCAGCCGACCGGGUCGCAACUCGAUGAUGCCCCAGGCACCGCUGGUCUCGCUCUACGGCAAUGCCAUCCCGCACUCGGCCUCGCAACGACCCGGCGGCUGGGUGUGA